CAGCUCAAGAUUAGAUUGGAAUACACGAGGCGUACACAGACUCCGAUAGAGCCCUCCGACCGUUAAGAAAAGUAGGCUACAAAGUACGCAUCGCACCAUUUGGUAGGUUACCUGCCUAUCAUUGAGUCCGAAAUUUGUUGCGCGGAACGGGGCUUGAUAGAAAACGGUUUUCCAUAAAGCCGUUGGGCGCUUGAAAUGCGUAGUUUUGCGGACUUUCAGAUGGAGUACGCGGGAGACCUCAGACGUUGGCUAUCACAAGCCAAGGCCUCAUCAUACGGGGAGCACGGGCCAUUCGUUAAGGCCUCUCAUGCAGCGAUCGCCACGGGAAGUGCUCUCGUCGACAGGCUGCGGUUUGGUCCACGUCGCAAGACUGCGUCACCAGCCGCCGAAGUGAAAAAGAACAGCUUUCCCCUUGUGCGGCUCACAACAGUGGCGGCAGCACACCGAAGUGCAAGACUUAUCGUGACUGCUAUCGUCGCAGGCUAUCCAAGGCUCGUUGCGAUGAGCCCAAAGCGCACGUACGACGCUGAGUGCUGAGCAGUGAUGGGUGCCGACAAAAGGGAAGAACAGUCGCUUCCUUACCAAGACUCGCGAUGGAGCUGGAUCAUGGCCCUGGUGUGUAGCUGGUGCUUUUUCUGGACACUCAUCAUCAACUGCUGCGGAGGAAUCGUCUUCAUAACCAUGAUCUCCGAGAUGGGUGCUUCGCGGGAGCUGGCGUCGUGGCCCUUCAGUCUUCUGGGAACUGUAUCACAGCUCGUAGGGCUCGUCUGGGGCGCCCUGGUCAAGUGUUUCCCGGUGCGGACUGUCGCCAUCGCAGGAAGCGUGCUGGCGGCUUCCGGCAUUCUGUUCUGUGUCGUGUUCUACAAUGUAACGGCCAUGAUCAUUGGACUGGGCGUGAUCACAGCUCUCGGACAAGGCCUGAUGCUUCCUUCCCUUUUGGUUGUUAUGAGCACAUAUUUCAAACGGUAUCGUGCUUCGGGCAUGGGCAUCUGCUACGCCGGAGGUACCCUGGUGUCAUUAAUUUUCCCUCCACUCCUUCUGUACUUGCACGAGGCCUACGGGCUGCGAGGAACUCUCCUGAUCCUUUCGGCCUGCAGCCUUCAUGUCACCGCCGGCUGCCUCCUGGCCAAAAAACCCAAUGAUCGACCACGCCCCAAGAGCCCGGUAGAGGAACCCCUGAAUACAAACGAAGGCUCCGGUGAACACGAUAAAGCUUCGAAGUCAAAGGGAGCAUUAAUACCCAUGCGGGAAGAGCUGUCUUUUCUCAAGAAUGCCAUGUAUUUCGUUGUAGUGGCAACGCGCAUUGUGUACACGUACAAUUUAAAUGUCUUUAAUGUCACCAUUGUGGACUUUGCCAUCGGAAGAGGUUUCAGCAAAUGGGAAGCUGCGCUGCUCUUACCCUCAUAUGGCACCGGGGACCUACUGGGCCGCAUCUUGUCGGGUCAACUGUCGGACCGCAAGAUACUUCAGAGGAGACACGUCUUGGCAGCCUCUUUCUUGGUCCUGUCUGCGUCCUUCGUUUCUCUGGUGCACUCGCGGUCUUUGGUGAUGCUUGGUACCACAAGCCUCGUAUUCGGCUUGGCCAGUGGCAGCAUCAUUAUCCUGUUCACCGUUCUGCUCGUCGAGUACUUUGGCCUGGAGAAACUGCCCAUGACCAUCGGCGUUAUCUCUCUCGUCAUUGGACUGGCUACUUUUCCCAGGCCGCUGCUCAUAGGCCACUACCGAGACCGCGGCAAGUCGUACGAGAGCCUGUAUGUUCUGCUGGCUGCGAUGUCCUUUGGAACAUGCAUCGUCUGGGUCAUCGAGUGUAUUCGGCAGUGGAUCGCCAGCAGAAAAUCGAAUCACAUUGAAAAUCUACAAGUACAACAGGCGACCACAUCAACUUAGCUGCGUUGUCUGAGGCAUUCGAAUUCGUUCAUUUAAAAGGCUAAAAACCGUAAACAAAACGAAGACGAUAAAGGCACAAAGACGACAGGACGAGCGCUACUCAUUCGUUCAACUCAAAUAAUAUCAAAUACUCCACUUAAGGUAUGUGAACAGAGAACCUCUGGUGCGCCGUCGAGUGUCUGUGAUUAGUCUUAAUAUAGAGUGGACAAGCAGCUCAGACGCCGACUGGGGUUUGUUUUUGCAUUAUAUGAAAUCACUGUCAUGUAAAACUUAUGUAUCCCCGACGCACACACACACUCACAGAAAGAAUGCACCCAGGAGUACAAUUCAACUAAUUCAUUGACUCGUUUCUUGUUACAAUGGCAGUAUUUCUUUAUCUGUCAAAAUAAUGCGAUACCACCAGCGACUUCUGAGUUAAGGAUAGUCACUUCCUAUAUAGUUUCAGGACGUGACACAUCGCAAUUUUGCGUGUUUGAUUUCAGCACCCUUUCUGUGAGGAAGGAGGCUGCAAAGCUUUUUUGGGUAUGAGGGAAUGACUUUCAAAAGUGCAGUUCUGCUAGCUUGCUUCAAAGGGACCCAUUGUGCGGGUCUUCAGGAGCCGCUCGGUCGGCGGGGCUCCUGCAGACGAGUGGAAUAUUUCUUUUUCAGAGGCUGUUCUUGUGUACUCUGCUCAUGUACGCGAGUGUGUUAUCAUGUCCUUAUCACGUGUGCAUAGUUUCCAAUUACCACUCUCUAAUGCUUACAGUGUAUCUUAUAUAAAAAUCAAGAAGUAACAUUUUUGAUAAGUUAAGUUGGUUUUGAGCUCACCAGGUGUAC